UCAUUCCACACACUCGCUCACACCAUGGCCAGCUCGAGCGGCACCUACAAUCCUGCACGGCCAAAGCGCGCCGGCGAGCACUUUGCACGCACUCACCCCAUGGACAAGGACGAGCCGUCGACGAAGAAACCUCGCUUCGAUCCGCGCAAUCCCUCGACACUCGCCCAGGAUGCCGCUGACGACGACGACGACGACCCUGCAUUGGAAGCCGAUGUUAUAGGGAAAAGUGCCGGCAUCAAGCGGAACGCCGUCAAUAUUGACGGCUACGAUUCCGACAGCUCCACGGAGAACUUUGACGUCCGCGCAGAGGCCAGCCAUAAAAAAGAAAAGCCUGCCAAAGACGAGGAUGAUGACGAUGACAUGUUUGCAGAGGAGGACAAGGACGAGGAGCAGGACGAGGAGCUACGGAGAGGGCAAACGGACAAGAAGAAACUGCGCUUCUUGGACAACGCCGAGAUUGAAGGGCAGGAAGAAAGCAGCAAGUCGGGAGGUCACGUGGCUGCAAAUUUCACAAAAGACGCAAAGGGUGCCACGGAUGAGGUGGAGAGCAGCAGCGACGAGGGCGACGACGAAGAGCGCGACCGGCUCGACUCGGACAUGGACGAGGAGCUGGGUGCGGGCAGCAAGAAGAAGCAUGCGCCCAAGCUGGACGCCUUCAACAUGCGCGCAGAGCAGGAAGAGGGGCGGUUUGACGAGGCGGGCAACUACGUGCGCAAGGCGUUUGACCCCGAGGCGGUGCAGGAUUCGUGGCUCGAGGGCAUAUCCAAGAAGGACAUGAAGAAGGCCAAGGAGGCGCAGGAAAAGAGGGAUGCGGAGCGAAAAGCGCGCGAGCGCGCCGAAGACUCGAUAGCGACGAGCGACGUGCUGUCGACGCUGAUUGCGCACCUCGAAGUAGGAGAGACGCCCAUGGAGGCGCUAGUGCGAUAUGGCAAGGCGGCGCCAAAGAAGGCGAGCAACAACCACUGGGCCAAGAAAAAGAAGAAGGGCGAGACCAUGGAAGUGGAUGCAGAUCCCGCACAGGAAGCAGCAGCGGCCAAGGCAAAGCAGGUGAUUGACUCAAUAACCGAGUGUGCCAGCCGUCUGUCCGACCGUGGGGUCGAGGAUAUUUACGAGCUGCCGCGUGAAUCGAUUAUGCGGCAGUACAAGCGCGAGACGGGAGAAGACUGGAGGAAGCCUAACCCUGAAGCAGUGCAGUGGGAGUUCCACUGGCUCAACGCAGCCGAGGGCGAUGUCAAUGGACCCUACGACCAAGCAACCAUGCAGGCAUGGGAAGCGAGCGGGCAGUUUGCAGCAGGGGCCGAGUUCCGACGGGUGGGCGAGACGGAAUGGUCACGACUGCUCGACUUUGACGACUGAGGGGCAUGCAUGCAGGGGGGGAGGUGUAGGAGGAACAGGCACAGUUGUUGUGUUGGACGAAUUAUGGCGCAUGCCAUGGCGAGCAGAGGGCGCACGAGGAAUAGAAGACGAAGAAAGGAAAAAAAAAACAAGGCCGCGGUCGCGGGCAGGAAGACGAGUGGCUUGCAUCACAUGAUUUUCCAUGCAUGCGUCUAAGCGAUCCUUCCAACGACAUGAGGAGGGCGCAGCCAGUCGGAAACUUGAUAAAAGCGGGAAGCCCUUUGUGAUCGACUUGUAGUGGCCAAGAGGGCGGCCGAAAUUAUUCCUAGCCUUAUCGAAAUGGGGAGCCCCGUUUGCAGUGGGUAUGGACAUGGAGUGCGACAUGGCGAGUGGUUGGCAAGCCCUCGUGUCGGGUCCGCGAUGCGUGUGUGAGGGCGCGUUAUAUGUGUGCGUGUGUGUGUGUGUGGGCGUAGAUGGGGAUGGGUGUGUGAAA